UCCGCCUCCUCCACAGAGAUCCGGCGUAGGAGCGAGCGGCAGGAGCCCGACAGCACAGGUACCGUGUGUCUCUGCCCUCGGGACGGGAUGCUGUAGGCUUCCGCCCACGUACCCGUGCCACGCCAUCAAUGAUUGACUCCCAUCACGUAAGGACGUAGGCGAAGCCCGAGCACUGCUAGUCUCACGGUGCGGGAGGCCCGGUGGUGUGCAAUACUACAGUAACCACUCAGUGGAGAAACGAGACACGCGGCUGGCAGAAGGCGCUGCGGUGCGUGAGGAGACGAUGGCGACGCCAUCGCCCACUCACAGUGACGGCAGCGGCUCCUCCAAGCACCUCAGGAACCAGGACAGCUGGGAGAUUGUGGAGGGGUUCAGGGGGGUUCCUGCCAGUAUGCGUGAGCCUGACAGACAGGAGGGCUUCCUGCUCAAGAGGAGGAAGUGGCCCAUGAAGGGGUGGCACAAGAGAUACUUCAUGCUGGAGAAAGGCAUCUUGAAGUAUGCAAAGCGCGGAGCUGAUCUGCAGAAGGGAAAGCUUCACGGCUGCAUCGACGUCGGCCUCUCCGUCAUGUCGAUCAAGAAGAAAGCCAUGUGCAUCGACCUGGACACGGAGGACAACAUCUAUCACUUGAAGGUCAAGGCUCCGGAGCUGUUCGAGGAGUGGGUGUCCAAGCUGCGUCACCACCGCGUGUUUCGCCAGAACGAGAUCGCCAUGUAUCCCCACGAGAGUCCCCUCUUCAGCCCCCACGCUUCGUCCUCCCCCUCCUUCGGCGACUCCCUGAGAAAAAGGGCCACUCUCACCAAGCAGGCGUCGGUCCAACAGGCGAAGGUCAGUUCUUGGCUCCAUUCUUCAGAGGACAUGGCCAAGUGCUGCAAAGACUUGGAGGAAUGUGAGGCGUACCUGCUGGAACUCAACCUGCUGCUGAAGAGCAUGGAGGUCCUCCACCGCACCUACUCCGCCCCGGCCAUCAGUGCACUACAGGCUUCUAAUUAUGACAUGCCCAAAAAAGAGAAGAGGCCAAGGAGAUGGCGAUCCAAAAACAAUGGCAAAGAAACCAAAGUCAACCUACAGGUCCCAAGCUGCAUCUCCUCUCAAUCCCCUCGUCUGCACGCCUCCAACCCCAAUCUCUCCACCACGGACUCAAACCCCCAGGAGGUCUGUCCCGAAUCCCCGGACUCGCCUACGAACGCGUCCCGUCUGCAGGGAGACUUCUGCUCGCUGGCCAACAACAUCCACACCUCUCUGAAAUCAGCCUUCAGUUCUCUGGUCGCGGAGAGAGACAGAAUGAGGCGAACCAUCGACCGGCAGGCCCCGCAGCCGGCGCAGGUCGUCGGCCUGAAGACCGCCUAUGCCUCGGUGAGUGGGACCCCCCCCCAAAACAAAGUGUGCGCCACCCGUCAGCUCAGGUGCAGUUUCACUCAAGUGACUUGUUACUAUCAGGAAUGUCCCGGAGGGUCUCACUCCUUGGUCCACCAGUUGUCCAAUGAGAGCAAAGCGUCGAUCUCAGAGUCGAUAUCGGAGUUCUUCGAUGCUCAGGAGUACCUGCUGUCCUCCUCGUCUUCUGAGAAUGAGGUCUCCGACGACGACUCUUACGUCAGCGAUGUCAGUGACAGCAUCUCCGUGGAUACCUACAGCAACGAGGGAGGCAGUGAGAGACACAACUCAGUGAGCAGCGCGCUGACCCCGGCUCGGCGGCGCUCCACGCUGCCCUCCACCAGCCCCACCAGCAGCGUGAGCCUUUGGAACAUCCUGAAGAACAACAUUGGCAAGGACCUGUCCAAGGUGGCCAUGCCAGUGCAGCUCAAUGAGCCGCUCAACACCCUGCAGAGGCUGUGUGAGGAGCUGGAGUACAGCGAGCUGCUGGACACCGCCAACCACACCCGAGACCCUUACCAGCGCAUGGUGUACGUCGCUACAUUUGCAAUAACUGCAUAUGCGUCCACGUACCACCGAGCAGGAAGCAAACCCUUCAACCCCGUCCUCGGAGAGACGUACGAGUGUGACAGGCCGGAUAAAAGCUUCAGGUUUAUAGCCGAACAGGUGAGUCAUCACCCACCUGUGUCUGCAUGUCACUCUGAUUCAAGGAACUUCGCCUUUUGGCAAGAUGUUCGGUGGAAAAACAAAUUCUGGGGCAAAUCCAUGGAAAUUGUUCCCAUGGGAACCACACAUGUCACACUCCCUGCGUUCGGGGACCACUACGAAUGGAACAAGGUGACGUCGUGCAUCCAUAACAUCCUGAGCGGCCAGCGCUGGAUCGAGCACUACGGAGAAAUGUCCAUUAAGAAUCGAAACAGUGAAGCCUGCCAGUGUAAAGUCACGUUUGUCAAGGCGAGAUCAUGGAGCUCCACAGUGAACGAGAUAGAAGGCGUGGUUACCGAUUCAAAUGGAAAAGUUGUCCACUCCAUCUUCGGAAAAUGGCACGAGUCAGUUUUUCAGGGGGACCCACCGUUGGCCACGUGUAUCUGGAGAGCAAACCCCAUGCCGGUGAACCAAGACCAGUACUAUGGCUUCACCCAGUUUGCAGUGGAGUUAAAUGAGUUGGACUCCCCCCUGAGACCUCUUCUGCCCCCCACAGACACACGCUUCAGGCCCGACCAGAGACUGUUGGAGGAGGGAAACACAGAAGGAGCCGAGGAGCAGAAGCAGAGGAUAGAACGGCUCCAGAGGGAGAGGAGGAAAGUGCUGCAGGACAACAACAUGACGCACCAGCCGCGCUUUUUCAAGAAGUCCGAUAACGACACGUGGGUGAGCAACAAUGCGUACUGGGAGCUGCGCAGAGACCCCGGCUUCAGUCAAAUAGACUUCCCUCUGCUGUGGUGACAUCUGGACUCAACGUAACCCUCUCCACGACAUAUUCGUCCUCGAGAGGGAAGUGUAAAACUGAACUGAGACCAGCCUGCAAUUGUUCAGUCGUGCGCCCGUGUCACGGUCACCCAAACCUGUGCGGGCUUCCCCUUUCAGGGCCGAGCGGAACCUGCGGACAGUUUGCUGGUUCUGUUUCUCCUCGCGGAUACAUUUUCUGCUCUUAUUGUCAUAACUGUAACGGACAAAGUGACAGCGUAAAAGAUUUAUACCGUGUACCGUGUCAUCUCAGCAUUUACAAAAGUGCCUUUUAUUGCAGUGCCUCUCACGAUCAACUGCUGUCGCAGUUAUGCAAAAACACUUUUAUUCUGGAGACUUAAAUAUUGUUUGGGUAAUUUUAGUAUGAUAUGAUGACUGCGGGUCAGAGAAAAGGAUCAUUGUUGGAAGUGAACUUAUUGGAAAAAGUCCAGUCCGCAUCGUGACACAAGGAUUUUGAUCAGAUGUUCUGAUAACAAAAGAGGGACUUUUAUCCUUUUUCAGUUUGUUGCCUAGUUAUGAGUCAUGUUGUCACAGGGCGAUGGAUAAUGUUUAUCAAUGAGGGAAAUGACAAUAACACUCACAUGUUCAAAGAGGAUAAUAAAAUGUUCAAUGGGUGGAUUGUUA